CUGCUCGGUUAGUGUUAGGGGAUACUUGUUAGGUAUUACAUGGGUUACUUUGUCAGUUUUUAUAGGGGUUAUUUUGUCCAACCACAUAAUUUGGCUAGUUGUACAUAAAACGCGCUGUUCAUUUAAUAAAAAAAAUUUCAAAACGAAAAAACGGAAAAUUGACCAUAAUACCAAACACACAUUACACUAAUGGAAGAGGGGAAGAAAAACUUUACAUCACAAAAACACUUUGUGUCUUUGUAGUACCCAACUUGUAAGUGUAGAACCAUAUGAAUUGACACCAUGACCUUUUCCUCCAUAGACUGCCCUCUUCAAAGCAAUAUCAUCCACAAAAUCAUAAUCUUCAUAUUAAGACCAUACAUUAUAUACUUAUUAAAAAAAAGGUCCCAGAUUCCAUGCCUACCCAAAUUCCCAACAAGUUGUACAACUAUUGUAGUAAUUACUUGAAAAGGAAAAUCAUAUCCAUCUCCAUACUUCUAACAUUAUUUGUUUAUCUGGGUGCACCAAUUUUCUCCUAACUUUCUUCUUCUUCAGGGGGCAAUUGCAUCUUGAGAGUAAGUAAAGUGCUUAAAGGAAGAGUAGAAAAGGAUACUUGCAUUUUCCAGCUACAUGUCUGAUAAUGCUGCUAGGCUUUCUCAUGAUGAGGAUGCAACAUCGAUGACAUCCUCACGUGCCCAUCAGCCCAGCUGGAUGUCCCGCUGGAUGAAAAACAGCUCUAAGCCGAGAUCAACUGCUGACAGUUCCUCAUUUUUGCGUUACAAUAAAGGACAUGUUGAUACAAGAGGUUCCCUGAUGCAAAGUGGGCUUAAGACAGAAGAUAGUCUUCAAUCUGGGAAAGGAGUAAGUAAAAGUCCUGAAGAAAUAAAAACCGGGGGAUGUGCUAAUGAGGAUUUGACUAAGAAACUGGGAAAUUUUAAGAAUAAACUCAGUAAUUUAUCUUUUCCUAGUCUCACCCUUGGCCAAUACAAAGAGAAUGCUUCCACAGUCGGGACAGAAGUUGAUCACGAGUUUGGCCACAAGUCCAUGGCUCUAACCUUAGCUGUUGGUAAAGAGGAUACUUCGAGGGAUUUCAAUUUGAGGAAUAGCAAGCAACAAGCUAUGUCGAAUUUAUUCCAAGAACAGAAAGGCAAAAGUGUAUCAAGAUCUUUUAACAAUAACAAAUCUGAUGCAUCAAAGCCAGUUGUGGUAUUUGAACGACACUUUUCGAAUGAUAAUUUCACAUGUUUUAGUCAGGAUCGUUGCAAGUAUCAAAAAUCCUCUUCAGUCCUGUUUCAUGAAAAGAAAAUGGGAAAUGACCUUUGUCAUGAUUCUGGACUGAGUGAUGGAGUACGUUUGCAACAUGGUUGUCCCUCAGGGAAAAAGAAUUUUCAGUCCUUUUUUCUCAAGCAGCAGUCUCAAAAUGGGGGCCAACCCCUCGAUAGCGUUCCAUGUUCUUUCCGCAAUGUGGAGACUAUGAGGAUUUGUACAAUGGUUGAUUCUGUGGAGAAUUCACCUGGAGAUCCUCCCAAAAUCUCUCAGAGAGCCCACCACAUUCUAUUCACCAAAGAAACUUGUGUUAAUAUGUCAAAAGGACAUCAGGUAAUGGUUGAACCAACUUCAGCUCAUCAAGAAGAUAAGACAUUUGGUGGGCCUUUUAGCAUGUUUACUAACGUUGCUCCUCGUUCAAGAGGAGUGAAGAUCCAACUUCUGUGGAGCUCCACUGAUGAUAGUGAAGAGAAGGAAAAUACUGCAAACCCUUCCAUCUGUAAAACGGGUUCAAGGAAUGAAGCAUCUGCUGAAACUAACGGAAUGCAAGUAGAAGCUCCUAAGAACCGGCAUAUUCUAUUGGGUAUGGAACCAUCCCCAUCAACUAAGGAUGAUACUAUGGCUGAAAGUUGCCCACCAACUGCCUGUGAUUCAAGCACAGAGAAAACCAGAAGCAAAAGGCUUAUCACAGAGAUACCUGAUAUAAAUGAAGAGGCAGAAGAGCAACCUGGGCUUCAACCUGCAGUAAGCUCAACAGAUGGAAAAGACCCAAGUACUUCAAGAGUCCGUAGUUUGAAUGCCAAACAGCUCUUCUCAUCUCAUGAACAGACCUCAAGGUCUGAGAGUAAUACCCGACAAGAACGUUCUCUUGGCCCAGAUCCGGGUAACAGAUGGAUUAAGCGUCUGAAGGUAAGUUCUUCUGAUUCAUUAGGGGUUGGUACCAAGAGUUCAGAUGUGGGGGAAGGCUCUUCGCAUGAGAAAUUUAAUACGUUCUUCAACAGAAUAACAAAAUACAAUAGAGAGAGCUUUGAUGCCAAGUUACGCAAGAAUCAUGGCAAGGCACAGAUGGAGAUAGAUCAAAUUGUGGAGUCUACAAGAAAUGGUGGAUCCUCAUCCCUGGUGGCAACAAACAAGAACCGAAGUAUGCCCGGUUGUUCUUGGAUUCAGAGAUGGUGUCAGAAUAGCACUGCUCCCCCACCGAGUAAUCCUGAGCCCCUGGUGAUCUGUGAGCCUCAUCGCUUGAAGAUAGGGCAGGAUGAGCUUGCAAAGAAACAGUUCCCAAGUAUUGCUGCCAUGGCGUUGAUGGGGAAAGCCAUGAAUGGAAUCAGAUCAUGUGAAUUUAAGAAAAGAGGAUCCAUUGUAGUUUGGAAUACCAAGGAGUACUAAGAAUAAUCUGCAAUGAACUACCGAACCAUUGGGAGAUGCUCUUGGUGAUUUUAUAAUGUGGAUAUAUAGAACUAUCCUUAUUUCUUAAUCCAACAAUUGAUGGACAGGAUUAUUAUUUAGAGACCACUAGCAUUCUACAUUUUUCAGUGGGGUUCUUUAUAAUGGCGGGUCAUCCUGCAGAAGUGUUUUUCCUCCUGGAUGCAGCCACUCUGUGGCAGGACCUCUUUUUUUGGGUCUAGAAUCCAAGUAGGCAUCACUUUCCUGCAACCGAUCCUGAAAUGAAUAGCUAAGACAAUGAUGCGUCAUUUCUCAACAACGAGGCAUGAUUUAAUUCUUUGGAGGCUAUGUGAGGCAUAAACUUCUUACACGGCAUUUCCAAACAGGUCAUGGAGAGUUCCCAGAUGAUCCCCAGUGUUUCUGCUGUAGUUUGAUGUGGUCAGUUUUUAAUGAUUUUUUUUUUUUUUUUGUCAAUUACUUCAUUAUAAAGGGAUCCUUUGUUAAUAUUUUAAUUCUAUUGUGCUUUUUUGUACUCCA